AUCCUGUGGUCUCAGCUGAAGUCUGAACUCCACCUCCAGGCAGAAUGAAGCUCUACACCACAGCUCUGCUUCUCCUGCUGCUGGUGGGCAGCCUCUCUCCAGCGCACGGUAUUCUGGAGGCCAUGUAUACAAGUUUGAAGUGUAAAUGUGCUAAAGACACCACAAGAUCAGUCUCCUUUCACCUCAUUAAGAAAAUUCAAAUUUUUCCUCCUGGGAAUGGUUGUCCAAACACAGAAAUCGUAGUCUGGACAAAGACGAAGUUAGUCAUAUGCCUGAGACCCGAAACUAACUGGGUGAAGAAACUGCUCCAACAUUUACACAGCCAACUUAUACCUUCAACUCUAUCAACUCCAAUGACUACGAGAAAGGCAGACUGAUGCCAAUAUUUUAAGAACGAAUGCAAUUUCCCUUCAUCCCUGAUCUGGAUUUUACUUUUAUUCUUGAUUGAAUCUUUUCCAAGGAAAAUAAUUUGCUGUACAAACAUGAGAUUGUAUGUAAAGAUAUUCCUGUAGAAGCUAAUGGGUUUAUAUGUAAAGAUAAUCCUGUAGAAGCUAAUGGGGCAAAUUCAAGCUCUUUCUGCUAUGGAACCUGUCAUACUUGAUCCUCAUUCAUCAGAGUGAGGAAGAUUCCUCUGAGCAUAGAUUUUUAGACUUUUGAUAAUAUAUCUGUCCUAGAAAAUGGUGAUCUGUCCUAGAAAAUAUGAUAAUGAGAACUUAAAUCCAACAUCUGAGUAUUUAGCUUGAGUUAAGAAGAAUAUCUCAGGAGGCAGAGAUCUGAGGAUCAUGGUUCAAAGCCAGCCUAGAUAGGAAAGUCUGUGAACCUCUUAUUUCCA